UCUUAAUUCACGUUUAAAUAAUAUUUUAAAUGAUAUUCGUAUAUGUAUUCAUAUUAUUAAUGAUGAUCAAUGUGAAGAUUAUCAAGCAUGUUUAAAUCAUUUUGCUUAUCAAAUUAUUUAUCUUGCUAUUGAUUGUCAUUGGUCUCGUUUAUCUUAUAAAAUAAGUCUUCAACAAUUUGUUAAUCUACGUUCACUUUAUUUACCUAUGCCAACUGAUCAACAAAGUUUAGAAAUUACAUCGAAUAAUCUACCAUUUUUAACUAAUUUAACUGUAAAUGAAAAUACUUUUAAAUCAAUUCUAUUUGAUUCAAAUUUAUUUCCACAUCUUAUUACAUUAUGUGUUCCACGCAUUUAUUCAUCAAUUUCAAACCAAAUAGAAUCAAUGCAAUCGUGUUUAACUCUUCAUUCUCUUUAUUUAGGUUCCUGUACAAUUAUUGAUGUUUUAACUAUUCUUCCAUAUUUACCAAAUUUAAAUUAUUUAGAUAUUGUUUUAUUACCAAAUAAUCAAACUAUUCAUCAGUCCAAUGUGAAACAUGAUAAUAUAUCUCAUUUAAAAGUUAAACUUCGAAAACUUGAUCCUGAUCUUGAAAUUUUAUUAAAAUCGAUGUCUAAUCUUCAUCAACUCGAAUUUCUAUGGAAUGAAGCUUAUACUGGCAUAUGGUAUAGUGGAAUAAACAGUUUUAAUUUUGAAAAAUUUUCUGAUAUUCUGGAAAAAAAUUCUGUAUCAUUAAAACGUGUUGGUAUUGAUAUUCAUAUUUCAAGAUGUGAUGAUGACAUUGAUUAUAUUCAUCAUGUUAAUCUACAAUGGUUUUCAUCAUUAACCAAAAUAAAAAUUAAAAAUAAUGGUUCAUUUUUUAUUACAACAAAAAAAUUAUCAACAGAUGCAGAAGAAAAAAUGAUUACAACUUUAUUACAAUCAACAUAUAUGACACAAAGAAAUGCACGUAUUCAUCGAGUAAAAAUAGAUAAAGUUUAA